AUGAAUGCAUUGGCAGCAACCAGCAGGAACUUCAAGCAGGCAGCUAAGCUGCUGGGCCUCGACUCCAAGCUGGAGAAGAGCUUGCUCAUUCCAUUCAGGGAGAUCAAGGUUGAAUGCACAAUCCCAAAAGAUGAUGGGACUUUGGCAUCCUAUGUUGGAUUUAGGGUUCAACAUGACAACGCUAGGGGACCUAUGAAGGGCGGAAUCAGAUACCACCAUGAGGUUGACCCUGAUGAAGUCAAUGCCUUGGCACAACUGAUGACAUGGAAAACAGCAGUGGCUAACAUACCAUAUGGAGGAGCUAAAGGUGGAAUAGGAUGUAGCCCUGGAGACCUGAGCAUCUCCGAGCUUGAGAGGCUUACCCGAGUUUUUACUCAGAAAAUCCAUGACUUAAUUGGCAUCCAUACUGACAUUCCAGCUCCAGAUAUGGGCACCAACUCACAGACAAUGGCAUGGAUACUUGAUGAAUACUCGAAGUUCCAUGGUUACUCACCAGCUGUUGUGACAGGAAAGCCUGUUGACCUUGGAGGAUCGUUGGGAAGAGAUGCAGCUACUGGAAGGGGAGUUCUGUUUGCUACUGAAGCUUUGCUUGCAGAGCAUGACAAAGGCAUUGCAGGCCAGCGUUUCAUCAUACAGGGAUUCGGUAACGUUGGUUCCUGGGCAGCUCAGCUGAUCAAUGAAGCCGGUGGCAAGGUGAUUGCUAUCAGUGAUGUCACAGGCGCUGUCAAAAACGUCAAUGGCCUUGACAUUGCCCAGCUAGUGAAGCACUCGGCGGAGAACAGAGGGAUCAAGGGCUUCAAUGGGGGAGAUGCCAUCGAUCCAAACUCAUUGCUCACUGAAGAGUGCGACGUCCUCAUCCCAGCAGCGCUUGGGGGAGUCAUAAAUAAGGAUAAUGCUAACGACAUAAAAGCAAAGUACAUCAUCGAGGCUGCCAAUCACCCCUCAGACCCAGAGGCAGACGAGAUCCUGUCAAAGAAAGGCGUCCUCAUCCUCCCCGACAUACUCGCCAACUCUGGUGGCGUCACAGUGAGCUACUUCGAGUGGGUUCAGAAUAUCCAGGGGUUCAUGUGGGACGAGGAGAAGGUGAACGCGGAGCUCCGGACGUACAUGACGCGCGCCUUCGGGGACGUGAAGGAGAUGUGCCGGAGCCACAACUGUGACCUCCGCAUGGGCGCCUUCACGCUGGGCGUCAACCGCGUCGCGCGCGCCACCGUCCUCAGGGGAUGGGAAGCAUGA